CAGAAACCUCCAGACGAAAUCACUGAUCUUCAUUCAAAACGCACCAUGCUCCGUCUGUUGUGCUUCACUCUUGCUCUACAUGCCGUAUUGGGCGGUAGCCUAGUACAGGUAUUACAGUCCUCUGGAGAGUCAACACUGGUCUGUCUGGUACAGAAAGCAGGCCUAGCUGACGCACUUGGACAAGUUUACUCACUCUACUUACUUACAGGAACCUUCACCAUUUUUGCUCCCACCAACGCUGCCUUUGCCAAGUUACCCGCAGAUGUUCUUGCCUCACUCAGCAAUGACGUAAAUGCUCUCACCAAUAAUUUGAAAUACCACGUGGUUCCGGGAUCUAUCAGGAAACAGGAUGCAUCCAACGAGGCUCAACUUACUACUUUGGCUGGUCAGAAAGUCCGUCUCAACAUCUACAGUCAUAAUCAUGUAAUUACUGUGGAAGGAUCAAGAAUAACACAUUUCGACAUUCAAGCCAACAACGGAUAUGUCCAUAUUAUUGAUACUGUAAUGAUGCCACCAGAGGGCAGUAUCGUCGACAUCGUCGCUGGUGACUCAGAGUUAUCCACCCUAUUAUCAAAGGUCAAAUCAGCAAACCUGGUAUCAGCACUACAAGGUGACGCUCUCACUGUAUUCGCCCCAACAAAUGACGCAUUUGCACGACUAGGAUCAAGAGUAUGGAACCACCUUGCCCAGAACCCACAACUUCUAAAAGAAAUCCUUGAAUACCACGUGGUCCCAAACACAGAAUACUCCGCCGGUCUGUACAACAGGGAACACAUUAGGACACUAGAUACUCACCAUGACGUCAUCAGAAUACGUACCACAGGAACCUCAGUUUACGUCAACAAUGCUCAAGUGAUCAAGGCCAAUAUCGCCGCCACCAACGGAGUAGUCCAUAAAAUUGACCAUGUGCUUAUACCUCUGAGGCAUCUAGGAUCUGCAAUAUUUGGAAAGAAAUAA